AUAUAUGAUGUGUCAUGUGUGACAGAGCUGAAACAGGAGAGCCUUAUGUUCCCAAGCGGAUGGUUUUUGCUUGCUCACAGCUUCGUUAACGUACACAGGCUUCAGCUUCGCCAGGUGGCCGCAUGCGUCUUUCGCGCAGGCUAAUGCUCGUUAAUGUAGGCAGCAGAAGCGCCUCUCUGCUCCUGACCUGAUACAGUACCAGUGACGUAAAUAGGAGGGAAAUACAUAUGGUGCGUUCAAAAUCGGUAGAUCACAUCUAACCCACAAUGACUCCGGUACUAAUCAGGAGUCCGAGUAAAAUUGUGCCAACCUGACGUCUGUACAACCUGUCCUAACACAGACACAAAAAAAAAAGAGAAAAAGAAAAUCCAAACCCGCUCGACCUCUCUUUGGGUAAAUUAGCCUACAAAUACUUGUCGUGGCAAGUGACAGUGAAUCCUGUCCUAUAAGUACCUACCAGAACUCAAACAAUACAGUGCCAUAGAACAGCUCAACGUUAACCUCACCAUCUCUCUCAGUCCAGACAGCAGCGGGUGCCCUGCUACCAUCUGAAGGCCGGGUCUCUCAGUUAUUCAAUGGAGCCAGUGACCUGUCAGUCUUGACUGAUGGGACCCCGUGUGUGGGAAAAUCCCGCAGCCAAAGAGUUGGCGCAUUCACAUGCUAAUUGCGCCCUAUAAAUAAGAGGGUCGCGCCGCGCCGAGGACCCUAGAGACGAACUGAGAUUCAGAGGAGAAGGGACAAAAAAGCGCGCACACAAACACACACAUAUACACAUACACACACCAUCACACACCAAAGGUUAAAACAUGACUGCUUCAUCCAUGGCGCACAACCUGGGGAAACAUCCUAGCGCAAAGGAGGAAAGAAAGCUCAGAAAGCCGCUCAUUGAGAGAAAGCGGCGGGAGAGGAUAAACAACUGUUUGGAUCAGCUCAAAGAAACCGUGAUCGGAGCGUUCAGGCUGGACCAAUCCAAACUGGAGAAAGCGGAUAUUUUGGAGAUGACGGUGAAACAUCUGCAGAACAUCCAGAACAACAAAGUUAACGACCCCACGUUAGGCCUUGAGGCCCAGCAGAGAUACAGCACGGGCUACAUCCAGUGUAUGCACGAGGUUCACAACAUGCUCCUGACCUGUGAUUGGAUGGACAAAACUCUGGGCUCCCGUCUUCUCAACCACCUCCUCAAGUCUCUGCCUAGGUCCACCGAUGAGCACCCCCUCACCCUGCCCACACCCAGACUUGAUGCUGCUCUUCCAGCCACCCAAGUCGUCCCAGGGUCCCCCCUCAGAGUAGAGCAGUUCCAGAGAGAGGCUGGACCUCAGGAAAGGCCAGCACUCCACAGAUCCCACCUGGGGACACUUGAGAUGUGGAGGCCCUGGUGAACUGCUGGAUUGAUGAUCUUGGUUGUCCAUUCCGUUAGACCAUCCUUUGUUAUGUAUCUUAUAGAUAUGCUGCUCAGAAGACAAACAUGUGGGGCAGUUUUUGUUCCAGUGAUUAUUAUUGUAGGUGUGCUAUAAUGAUUCUAUACAGACCUUUUCUCAGUACUUCCCUUCAGAAGUUGACCUCUUGUAGCCUGCAUUAUAGAAGGCUCUUAUUAAUCUUUUGUGUAUUUAUUGUAUUAACAGCUUUAUUUAUUGUUAUUAUAAGGCAUGACUUUGCUUCUUAGACCACCUGCUUGGCCUUUGCAUAGAUUCCUCCUUUGCUGUACUAUUAACCUAAACAUUAUUAAUAAUAAAACUUAUUUUGCACUCACUCAGAUUGUAUGAUCUUUGCAGGUGCUCUUUUCUGUUGGAUCUUGACAGGAGUACUUUAAGGUCUAAGAGGCCUACAAGUGUUUAUUGUAAUAUGAUGUUACAGUAAUAUGGAUUAAGAUUUUUAGGGAUUAUACAGCAUUCGACUGUGACAGGUUCCAGCCCUCUUGUGGCCCUGGAUGCGAUAAACUAGGGAAAUGGAUUCAUGGAUGGACUAUUGUCAUGUAAUGGACAUGAAACAAGUCAAAUAAGUGCUAAACUCAACUGCCUAAUCUAAACGUGUCAAAGUCAGAAAGAAAACACUUAAGUACUACAUAGACUCAUAUCCUUAUGCUCAGUUGUAGUUUAGCUGAUUAAGCAGAACAGAGAAGCAGCUAAUAUUUGGACUUUUCAUAAAGGGGUGAGAACAGAUGUCAAAAUUUCAUUUCCACUAUCCCAGUAAGCUAAUAUGUCUAACAUGAACACCCUGGGACCAACAAAUCUACAAACUGGAUAUCAUAAAAUCUGGCAUGCUGCAUAAAAUGUAAAUAAAAAUGGAAUGCAGUGAUCUGCCCCCUAAUCUUAUUCACAAUAGAGCUUAGAAAAUAUAUCAAAUGCUUAAACAGAGAAAUUUUAUCGACAAAUAUUAAUUUGUUUUGAACUUUAUGACAGUCAUCUUUCAAAAAAGGGUAAAGUAAAAAAGAAAAGUAAGUGGCACUAACACUAAAGAGCUGGAAAAACAUGUGAAA